GAAGGACGCCACGAGUACGCCUGAGCUAUGGCGCUGUGCUACAACAAGGGCUGCGGGCAGAGGUUUGAUCCUGAGCACAACACCAAGGAUUCCUGCCUGUAUCACCCAGGUGUCCCCAUCUUCCACGAUGCCCUGAAGGGCUGGUCUUGUUGCAAGAAACGCACAACAGACUUCUCUGAGUUCCUCUCCAUAAAGGGAUGUACAAAAGGGUUUCAUAGCAAGGAGAAGCCCCCUCAGCCUAUCAGCCAAGAGGAGACCUCAGACAAGCUGAAGGCCAAACCAGUGGAGAAGCUCAUCAUCCAAGGACCAAAAUCAGCUGAGAAGAUGCAGCGGGAAAGGCCGAGCUCUGAUGAGUCAAGACAACUACUGCCGAUUAAAGUAUCCAGGUCUCUGGAGCAGGCACUGGAGAAACUGAAUCUGUCCUCCAAGGACGCGGCGCCUGAGGACAGUUGCACAGGGGAGGCGGCUGCCCAGGUGAGAGCUGGCACCACCUGCAAGAAUGCAGCCUGCAAGGCGAUCUACUGGGGCCCAGAGAGCAACACAGAGGUUUGCAGUUUCCAUCCUGGCGUUCCUGUCUUCCAUGAGGGGAUGAAGUACUGGAGCUGCUGUGGAGUCAAAACAACAGACUUCAGCGCCUUCCUGGAGCAACCGGGUUGCAGCAGCGGGUGGCACUGCUGGAUGGGGAAGGGGGACAAGAAGGAAGUGUCAUGUCGGCAGGACUGGCACCAAACCAGCAGUCAGGUGGUGGUGACAGUCUAUGCCAAGAACCCCCUGCCCACCCUCAGCAGUGUGAAAGCCAACCGCACCACGCUUGAGGUUUACAUCAUCUUUGAAGGGAACAAGAUUUUCCAAGCACAACUGGAUCUCUGGGGGGUCAUUGAAAUAGAGAAGAGCUUUGUGAGCAUGGUCCCUACCAAGGUGGAGAUCACACUUUGCAAAGCCAGCCCUGGCUCCUGGGCCAGGCUGGAGCUCCUCCAGAGUAGGUUGCACUCCUGUGGUGAGCAGGGGAAGGAGGCUGCCAACACAGAGGAGCCCGAGGCAGCGCAGGGAGAGGACUUGGAUGACAGCUUGAGCUGGUCAGAGGAGGAAGAUGAGGAGCUUGAGAUGGGAACACCAAGCAACGGACAGUGA